UUCGUUUAUGCUUAACGCCUGAGCUUACCAGUGAUACUACUGGACUGGUCAGAAAGGUCAGGAAAAAAUGAACCCACUGGUAUGGUAUUUCUAUAUUGAAUGCAUGAAACUGUCAUUCUCACCGAUGACCCCACCGAUGCAAACAUAUCGACUUUCUUUUUCGUGGACAAAAAAUUCAGAAAGACAAAUUUCCAAAUAAGAUCUUGAUUUCUUCGAUGACAAAUGACGAAAAGAAAAAUGACAUUAAGUUUAACAUGCUUUCCACAUCUACAUGCAAACAGAGGUUCUCACUGGUGCAUAUGACUGAUGCUGCCAUGUUGCUGACGGGUACAGCCAAAUCUUUUGAACUCGUUUUACUUAACAGUGUCGCGUGAAUACAGAAGUUAUAUCCCGUAGGCCUAUGUCUGUGAAUUCCGAAAUUGUCUUUAUGCAAGCGGUUUACCCCUCAGUCUCAGCUUCACAUUUUGUACGGCCAGUACACAUCAUUAGGCAUAGUAUGUGUACCUAUCACACAGAUUUAUUCCGUAAUUCAGGAUUUGAAACCUAGUACAUUCCCCUGUCCAGUACAAAGAGGGCAUGUUAAAAGUAAAGGUUCCCACUGGUAAGCAGUCAGUUUAAAUACAGUACUGUACAUAUAGGUGUUUCAAUACAGCUCAAGAAUUCGUCGCAUUUUCUGGUUGAGUAAUACGGAGCUGUUUCAGAAUAAUUUUGAAGCAAAAACACCUUCCUUUCCAUUAUAAAUCUGCAUUAAAAGUGCUUCCCUCAAGUAUCGCCUUGUCUGACUCAACUGGAACCUACCCGUCCACUGGAAGCAAAGUAUGUCUGGGAGAAGCUUAGUUUGUAUGUUAUUAUCGCUAAUUCUUUGACACAUACACCGUAGGGUACAUGCAAUCCUCUCAUAAAACGAAUUUAUUAAGGAAAGCCAGUACAUUCAAGCUGCAUUCAAACUUGAGAUCCCUGGCGUAAAUUUACUGACACACAUGCACAUGUACGUGUAUUAAGAGUUGUAUUUAUUUCCAUUCAUGUCAGACAGUUAUAGUUACAAUAGUGAUUCCUUAUUUGGAAUUGCUUCACCAACAGAUGAAGUAAAUAUCACUUACGAGGUAGAUAAUAUGGAAGGUGCUAAUGAUCGAACUGAUGUUGUAUUGACCUGUAUUGCAAGAGGCAAUCCUGAGCCAGUUAUGGUAUGGUAUGACACAAAUGACACUGAGAUUGCUAAGAGCUCCGGAUGUAACUCUUCCAAGUUCAUUGUGACAAUGGAGGUGUCUGAUGGAGAUGAAGUUUAUGGAUAUGAAGUAACCAGCUAUUUGACCAUCAAAAAGGUGGAUUCACAGGUGGACUAUAGGGUGUAUGUCUGCAACAGCUCGAGUGGAAUUGGGAAAGAAGACAAACUGGAAAUUAUUCUCCAUGGAACAAGAUUACCAGACAUGCCCAGGAAAGUUAAGAUCACUAAUCGGACAGCAGAGUCUCUGACUGUGGUAUGGUCAGGAGUGUUUAAUGGUGGUGAGGUGCAGUCAUUCCGUGUCAGCUACCUGAAGACAUCUAAAGAGGUCUUCACUGAUCAGACAGGUGGGAGAACUACCUCCACAGCAACUGGUCUCGAUAAGUACACCGAGUAUGAGACCAGGGUGUAUGCCAGCAAUAUCAUCGGUGAAAACAACAAAUAUGCCAGCAUUAAGGGGUAUACAUUGCCAAGCCCAACCACUACACCCCCCUCUGGUAACACAGGCAUCAUUGUUGGAGCUGUUGUAGGAGGGGUUAUACUUAUCGCCAUCGUUAUUUCCCUAGCUACCUACCUUGUCAGAAUGCCACCCGAGGACCAAAAAGGCGGAAAAAAAACUACAGGCGGCGCUGAGGGCCGCCGGCAGAGGGCCUCCGGCGGACUGCCCUGA